AUGUCCAGUCACGAUUACUACAGCAAUCAAUAUCCCCCUGGGCAGCACGGCUACGACAAUACUGGUGAACAAGGCUACCAGCAAUGGCAACCUCCCUCUGGCCCGCCUCAUGGCUACGGUGACCAGUCGUACAAUCAAGGAUAUGACCAGAAUAGACCAUACGAUUAUACGUCUCCGCCGCCGGCGGAAGAUUAUCAGCAGCCCUAUGGUCAUCAUGGAGGUUAUCAGCCCCCAAAUGACCAGUAUGGCCAACAGUCCAACCAAUAUGUCUCCCCUCCACCCGACCACUCUUAUCAGCAAUCCAACUAUCCCACUCAACCUCCCGACUAUGGCUACGACGACCAGGCUCAACGUGGCUAUUCACCCUACCCGCCCGCUGCUCAAAGCCAAUAUGAGACUUUCACGCCGCCACCAGGCCCGCCGCCUUCCCACAUGGAUGGAGCGUAUCCUCCACAACCCGGUGCGCCUCUUGACCCCAAUGAUCCAACCUCUCAGGACCGUGGGCUCAUGGGCGCCGUCGCUGGGGGUGCACUGGGUGCCUACGGCGGCCACAAAGUGCACCAUGGCUUUCUCGGUGCAGUGGGAGGGGCUAUCGCCGGCUCCUUGGCGGAGGACGCGCUGAAAAAGCGUAAGAAGGAGAAGAAGAACCAGCAACGCCCACCAGGGUCUCGGCGAGACUCUUCGUCGUCGUCUUCGAGCAGCUCCUCGGACGAUGAGAAGAAAAAGAAGAAAUACGGGUUGGCCGCCGCUGGCGCCGUGGGCGUGGCCGGCACGGCGGCGUACGGGUGGCAUGAACAUCAAAAACAUCAGCAGCAGCAGCAGCAGCAGCAGCAGCAGCAGCAGCAGCAGCAGCAGCAUCAAGGUCAAGGACAAGGCCACGGUCCGGGAGCUCCGAUGCGCGGCAACUUCUCGGCCUCGGCCAACAGUAUCACGCUUGACCGGGACUACGACCUCAUCGCCUCCUGCACCAACGUCCACGGGGAGCACAAACUGUCCUCCAUCUCGCUGAAUGACUGCCUGACCAACUCGCACGGACAUUUCGCGUGGCAUCGCGGGGGCAACUUUGGCGCGAGCGCACGCAACGUCCGGUUGGUCGAGAACGGCAGAGUGUUGGAGGCCGAGCUGGGCACGGGUGACGGGAGAUGGAACCGGGAUUGGAUCCGUCUGGACGAGCGCAUCAGCAACAACGACGGCGAUUUGAUCUUUCUGGACUAG